GGCUGCAAUGUUGACUAGACCAAAAAUACCACCUGAAUUGAUCGAAUGCAUCUUCGAAUUCGGACGCCAUUUAGGCAUGGCAUUCCAACUGAUUGACGAUGUUCUCGAUUUCGUCGCAGACGACAAAAAUUUGGGCAAACCGUCCGGUGGAGCCGAUUUACAGACGGGCAUCGCAACUGGUCCCGUUUUGUUUGCAGCGCAAAGCUUCCCUGAGUUGGACGUCAUGCUAUUGCGCCAUUUCAGUCUGGACGGAGACAAGGAGCGUGCGAUGGAGCUGGUUGAUUUGUCUGACGGAAUCGGACAAACGCGUAUGCUAGCGGAGUUCCACUUUCAAGCUGCCCAGCGUUGUCUUAUGCGCUUUCGUGAUUCUCCGGCACGUCACGCCUUGCUGCACGUGGCUGCACAAUGCUUACAGCGGGACAAAUGACGAUCGACGUGGUGUGUGCCACCAAACCAUGAUGUCUUUCCCAUUCGAAUGCAUCAACCGAGCUAUUUUGUGUGUCACUCCCUACUUUUCUAGUGUUGUACAGAUGUAUCUUCUUUGUUAGCUGAAUGCCUUUGUUGCCGCUAUAUUUCCUGCUUCCCACCAGUUUUCCUGUAGACAUUGAGUGCACCACAAGUCCCGGCGCAGAACUGUUGAGUUUUCUUUAUAUUCCUUAGUGUGAGUGAUGCAAAGUCCCCCGCUUAACACAGAUGCAGUGCGUAAAUAAACCGUCUUUUUGCUGGUCUGCGUGUUCCGCGUUCCUUUUGCGGACAGCGUGCGUUCGUUCGCUGAACACCUGUUUGAAUUCUGGUAGAAAUGGGUGAGGCUCAGAACCGGUGUCAUACUGGGAGGAGCAUCAGGUUGUUAAUUUUUUCACAUCAUCCUUAGAACCCCAAACACUAUGCUCC